GGUUGGGGUGGUGAGGGAGAGUGAGGGUGAGUGUGGCCGUGCAAGCAGGCAGUGACGUGGUGAGGCUGGCCAUGAACGGUGUAGCGGCGGUGGGGUGCGUGGUCGCUACCUUCUCCUCUCCUGCUCCUCCUCCUCCCAGUUGCCCCCUCAGCCCAUCGUGCCUCCGCCUCUCUUCCACCCGACACUUUUUGAGUCAACAGUGACCAGCACCCCUCCCCGGCCACGCGCACGCCGCCUCUGCUGCAGCUGAUAACCUGUAGUGCACCCGUCAUCUCACGCCCGGACGCUCCCCACACACCCCGAAAGCCUCCGGCGGGGCGGCCAAACAUCCUGGUUCGCGUGGGUGUGCCGUUCUGCUUUCAAGGCGACUUUUCCAAUACUUCGUACGAGACACUGUGAACGCUAUCUUGUGUGUCGCUCAGUAAUGUGUUGGUCAGUGCAGGGGUCUUAGUCAUGACCCAUGAGAGUCACUGGUAGCAUGGCUGUGUGAUAAGGUCUCGUGAGGAAGAGUUGCAGAGGCGGCAAGGGAGAGAAGGCGCAUCAGACACGGGACACUCCCCGACGCGAUCACCACAACGCCUACAGAAGUGAUCGACGACUGAUGAAAUAAUCCAUAAUGAUGGUCGCGGGAGGCCGGCGCGACCUGGGUGGCAUUCGGGAAGGACAGGCGUGCCCUGGGCAGUUCAGGUCUGGUCGUGCGCCUCAUCGACCCCUCUGAAGAACUUUUCGCAAGAGUCACCCCGGCCCACGUCAUGUCCCAGUCUAAGGCGGUGUAGCCAGGAUGCAGCUGCAAUGGACGUGUGCCAGUUUUCUGCCGCUGCUGUUGUUGCUGCUAAUGUUACUGCUGCAGGUGGCAAGUGUGGGGUGCAGCACGUCCUCCACCAGCUUACUGCGGUGGGAGCGGUCCCCUGCCUAUAACUCCGGCUUCUACGCCCCCAGCCGCCCCUCCAAGACCCGUCGCUACAGUCGCCGGGACCGCCGGAGACGGCCAGACUCGUGCCGCAGUGGGCGUCACAGAUGUCACCGCCACGCCGUGUGUCGUAGCUUCCACCGUCACCACCGCUGCGUGUGUCGGGAUGGCUGGCAAGGCAAUGGUCGCAGCUGUAGAGAUCUAGACGAGUGUCAGGUGCACAACGGUGGGUGUGUGCACGUGUGCACCAACACCCCUGGAAACUACACCUGUUCUUGUUAUCCGGGCUUCCUGCCGGAUGUGCACGACCCGCACAACUGUCAGGACGUGGACGAGUGUACCCUCCACAACGGCGGGUGUCAGCAUUCCUGUAGCAACACCCUCGGCUCCUUCGCCUGCUCCUGUCCCGACGGCCUCACACUGGCUUCCGACGGCCGCACCUGUUCUGUGGCCACUCCGUCAUGUACCUCACUGUCCUGUGAGCACCACUGCCUGCCCGAGCCUGGCGGGGCGCCCUCCUGUGGUUGUCGGGAAGGUUACGUCCUUGUGCGCGGCAAGUUUUGCAAGCCAACCUGCUCCGUGGGUAACGGAGGCUGCCAGCACCAUUGCCAUGAAAGCAUCUCUGGCUCCAAUUGCACUUGUCACGCCCAAUACCUGCUAGCUGCCGACGGCCAAUCCUGCACACCCUCGUGCGCCAUCAAGAACGGAGGAUGUGACCGCCGCUGCCACAACACAGCCACGGGGGUGCGGUGCUCCUGUCCGCGAGGUUUCCAGCUGCACCACGACCACCGUACCUGUCUGGACGUGGACGAGUGUGCUGAGGAUAGUGGGGGUUGCCAACAUCACUGCGUCAACAACUGGGGAAGCUUCGAGUGUUUAUGUCCAGAAGGCCACAAGCUGCUUCCUGACGAGCGCACCUGUGUGGACGUGGAUGAGUGCGCAGUCAAAGGCACCUGCGAACACCUGUGCACCAACACCCAAGGCUCCUACACCUGUUCCUGUAGGGAGGGAUUCCAACUCUUCGCAGGAGCACAUUGUGGAGACAUCAAUGAGUGCAGUAUUAACAACGGUGGAUGCAGUCACCAAUGUGUCAACACGAGGGGCUCCCACCGCUGCGAGUGUCGGGAGGGCUAUAGGCUGCACCCUAAUGGGAAGGACUGCCUCAGCAACGACCAGUGCACGCCUCUCAGGAGUCCCGCCAAGGCUGAGGUGUCAUGCUACCACCUGGAGGAAUUCGGACACAAGGGAUGGUGCACGGUCAAAUGUCGCCGCGGGGCCGCCUUCAUCUCUGGUAACAGCGAUACAAACAAUGAUAAUGACUACCACAUGAUGACCUGCGGCCCUGACACUGCUUUCACAUGGCGCACUGAGGCUAACAGUACCUACUUCGCUUGCUCCGAAGGACAAGCGGAGACCGGCUUCAAGCGAACAGUGAGGCUGCUGGUGGCGGCGCGAUACUCCAAACGUGUUUCACUAGAUCACCUUCUGGAGGAAAUGACUCGGAUCCUUGCAGGAUGGAUGAAGCCCUGUGGUCACAAGUGCAGGCUGAGAGUCACUUCAGGGAAGGUCACUAAGUCCAAGAAACUGAGGAAGCGCCAUAAGGUGACUCGAGACCAGCAUCUGGUGCGCAUCAAGUUCGAGGUUCUGGCCUUCCCGCCAGGUGGCGGCCUCCAGUGCGGGCGGGGUUGUGAGCGUCAGGCAGCAGAACAAUUGCUGACGAAGAUCUUGAAGCCUCUCAGAAGGAACAUCGCCCAAAAUCGCCAGCUGUCCAGCUCAUCCUCAGGCCGGCUCCAGUACCGUCUGCUGCCGGCUACCUACCAGGUCGGGAAGCGACUCAAGACCGCGUGUCCCGAUGGCUUUGUCUCUGUGGCUGGCAAGUGUGUGGCGUGCAGCUCGGGUUCCCAGCAUGACCUACGUACUGACCAGUGUUUGGCAUGUCCCGCCGGCACCUAUCAACCAGACGAGGGUGCUACGCAGUGCCUCGCCUGUCCCGCCCAACCCACCACUACGCGCUCCAUGCAACGGACAGGAGCCAGGAACCUCUCCGAAUGUGCAGACGCUUGCCCAGCCGGGUGGUGGAGCGCUGAUGGCUACAGCCCUUGUCAGCAGUGUGCGGCGGGCACCUAUCAGGCGGAGAAGGGGCGUGUCCAGUGUUCCACGUGCCCCAGCGGCCACGACUCCCAGCCAGGCGCCACCUCGCUUGAGCAAUGUCUGGCAGACACUGAGAAGUGCGAGCUGGGAUACUUCUGGAACGUGAGCCGCGGGUCAUGUGAGAAGUGUCCAGCAGGCUACUACCAGAACACCACCGGGGCCGCCUCCUGCUUGCGGUGUCCCGCCUCCUCCACCACUGACCAUCCCGGAGCCACCUCUAUCCACCAAUGCAAAAGACACAAAUGCGGCGGUCAUGUGGGGCCGCUAUCUGGAGUGUUCGAGACGCCCAACUACCCCGGCCACUAUCCAGACGGCGUCCGCUGCACGUGGGUGGUACGGCCGAAGAGGGGGCGUCGAGUGUUGGUGGUAGUGCCCAGUGUACGACUAAGCCACGACCAAUGCGGGGACUACCUCGUCAUGCGGAAGUCAAGGUCGCCGUACAGUACCGUCACCUUCGAAACCUGCUCCACCUUGGACAGACCCAUCGUGUUCACCGCUCGUUCUCAGCGCCUCUGGGUUCACUUCCGUAGCGACGCAGCCAAGUCAGAUAAAGGCUUCAGAAUACUAUACGCUACCUAUAAUAAGGAAUACCAUCGUCUUAUCAAGAAUAUAGUGAGAGACGACAGACUCUACUCCCUCCACAACCACCAGCACAUUCUGAAGGAUAGAGAAUUAUUGCCGCGGCUUCUGGAAGUGGUCGCUGAACCCAUCAAGUACUACGAAUACGCCAACGAGAAGGACAAGCUCUUCCCGUCUUCCUUCAUCAAGCUCCUCACGCCCAAAGUGAGGCGCUUCUUCUCCCGGAGGCGGAGGAGAAAGUGAUGACGACGGUUCUGAGAAUGAAGCUGGCACAAUGAAGAGAGAGAGAGAGAGAGAGAGAGAGAGAGAGAGAGAGAGAGAGAGAGAGAGAGAGAGAGAGAGAGAGAGAGAGAGAGAGAGAGAGAGAGAAUGUGUUUUAAUCGUCAAUGCAAAUCCUACAGUGAAUCCUACCUAUCUACCCCCACACCCCUUCUGGAAACCUUAGACAUUCGGUGCCGCCAGUGAAUGAGUGACGCAGUGAUGUUGACAGGCAUGGCUGUUAAAAUUACUUAAGAACUUUGUACAGCACACUGCCGGUCCCACAAUAGAUAACAGUUUUUGGACCAGUGCAUUGGGCAAUGUGUCGCGCUGUCUUAGAUACGUUUGAAACAGAAUUGUGGUGGUGUUGGUGAUGGUGAAAUUGUGCACACUUGUCUGCUGGUCUGAAUCGUUAAUGUUAUAAGGAAACGAAAGACCGAACAGAAUUUGAACCUGGCGAAUUCAAUGAGGAGAGAAGAGGCGGUGAAAACUUAACUGGUAAACCACGCUGCCUGCCUACCCUGCUACCUACAUAACUUCAGCAGAACUACCAACAUGAUUCCUACAGAGGUGCCAACAUAUCUUCUAUCAUGUGGGCAAAUCUACCUAGGUCCCAAGAAAAGUUAAAAACAUAGUAUGGGCGUGUUUUGUACAAGUGUGACUGUACAUGAAGAGCAAUAAUGACAGAGGUGUUAAUGAGAGUCUGUUAAUGCCGAUUUAUAUUAGUGAGUGUUAAUGUGUAUUAAUGAACAUGUUAUCUUGUACUAUUCCAUACCAACUGUCCUGAAAUAUUGUGGAAUCCAUACACGCGGCCAUCUGACGUUAUAUCAUGCAGUUGCUUUGAACCAAUCUGAUACUGAAAUGCCAUAGUAUUUGUGUCUUUCUAACAAUAUGAAUGACGUACUGUACUCGAUUCGCCAGUGAAGACUUGGCUAUAUGCAGAGAGAGAGAGAGAGAGAGAGAGAGAGAGAGAGAGAGAGAGAGAGAGAGAGAGAGAGAGAGAGAGACUAGACCAUUCCAGACAAAAGAGUAUAACGUGUGCUAGGAUAUGGCGCCUCUGAACAUCACUUAUUCAAGACUACAUAUACAAUCAUCAUGAAGUCUGAAACUGUCUAACUUUCUGCUUUCCUACAAUGUAUGGGUUGUAUUGCAUUAAUAAAUAUGUGACACCAGCA